AUGCCGCCCCCGGAGCAGAGCCGAGGCCCGGCGGCCCGGGCGCCCGCGAGCCGCGCUCGGGGCCGCCCGCCUUGGCUGCCGUCGCCGGCGCUGUUCUGCGCCUGCGGCCUGUGCGUGCUGCUGGCGGGCGUGAACGUGACGCUGGUGGGCGCCUUCGCCUCCUUCCCGCCCCGGAGCAACGCGCCGCUCGUGGUGGGGCCGGCGCUGCUGGCGCUGGCGCUCGGCUGCUUCGCCGCCUGCUGCGCGUGUAGCCGCCGGGGCCCCGCGCCCCGUCCGCGCUCGGCGGCGGCCUCGGGCCCGGGCCGGGGCGGCGGCGGGCCGGUGGCGCUGGAGAUGGAGAGCAGCGAGCGCACGGCGCAGGACACCACGGCCGUGCAGCUCAGCCCCGCCGCCUCGGCCGCGUCCUCGGGCCGAUCCAGCCCCGGCCCCUUCGCCCUAGACGCCCCCGCGCCCGCAGCCGUCUACGCGCCGCGCACCGAGGGCGGCCAGCUCAACCUGCCCCGGGAGCGCGUCGCCCCCUAG